AUGGGAGAUCUCAAACUUGUCCAGGAGGCAUUCGAUGCAGCCGGCGACUUUUUGAGCCCCGUGCUAAAUCGAGAGGAAAUCCAAAAGUCCCAGGGAAGGUCACUGCUCGAGAUCUUGAACCGGACCUCGGAACUCUCGAGAUCCGAUGAUGGCGACGCCAGGUCGACCGUCAUCUAUCGGGCCUUAGACAUCUUGCAUCGGAUCCACACGGCUUUUGUUACACCAGUCGGAAGUCAGUCCGAGCCUCAGCCAGCCGCAUCCUCACAAGGAACUGCAGAUCUCGAGGAUGCGAAGCGACGCCGUAUCCUACAUGCCCUGCUGGACUUGAUCUCCUUAGAAGGGAUCUACCCGUCGUUGUCCUCGGGAGUUGGCAUUCCUCUACAGCAAAGAGUGAUAUCCGUACUACCGGCUGGUGUUAUCGCAAAGCAGGCACAUUCACUGGCAAGCAGUAUUCCUCAUGAUAAAGACCUUCUUCAACAUGUUAUGACUAUUCUUCUGAACAUCCUUUUGGAUUCCAGACCAAGCAUCCAGCCAGUUAUCCGAGGUCGCAUUCUGAGUGAUAUAAUUAGUGGCGCAGCGGAUCUAGCGUUCAAUCCAAAUCUAGCCUCAACCUUGGACCAAACCAAGUUCCAGGAUGGAUUCGCCGAGGUCAUCGACCAGACUGCAAGUGUGAUGUUGCUGCCCACGCUAUCCAACUUUUUGCAGUCGGAUACUACACCUUGGUUCAAAGCGGCCAUUUCAAGCCAGAUAUCUCGUGUGCCACUUCGCUCAGGUGGUGUCUUACAAACCAUAAUGUUUAUCGCCUCGCAAUUCGCGCCAUCACUGGGACAAGAAGCCCAAACCGAGCUUUCUGCAGGCCCACAUUUCACAGUGCAAGCUAUUAUGCAGAUCUCGCGACUCCUUUCCUCCGUGCCACUGGGCGUUGAACCGGUGUCGUACUUCACUGCCAUCGCUCCUCAGCUUCUCACACUACUCGAUGGGCCGGAUCCAGAUCUCAAGAAGACUGUGUCUUAUGCUAUCGGUAAUGGCAUAUUGGGGAAACGCGCAUAUGGUGUUCCUGGAACUAUAGGCCACUCGAUUUUCCUUGAGCCUCUCUUUGGAGCACUGACGGCCGAGCUCAACGACGUUUCAGAACGGUGGAUGGUACAAUCCUCGGAUAUGGAGGGUUCGUCUACACUAAACACACGAGAAUCAUCAACAAACGCUCUUGUGAACGGCAGCAUGGUCAAUUUGGCAAUCAAGAGGCUUGAAAGCCUGGCCCUACAACAUCCAAAUCCAGGUCUCGUAAAGAGGAUCGUGUAUCCGAUUCUUCUUCCAUUGUGGGGCCUGGCAUGCUAUGCCAAAGAGCAUGAUCUAACAGAUUUUCACGAAAGAAUAAUGGCCUUGCUGAAAACGUAUUUUGGCAUUUCGGUUGGCGUUCAGCCACUCAAGAAACUUGUCGAUCAUCUUCUCUGGGACGGUGGCUCAACAUGGACCUACUUCACAGAGCCAAAAAGGCAAAUAGCACUGACAAGACGAACGAAACUUGAACGUGAUCGAACAAAUAUCAUCAAGUUGAUAGAUUCGCUCCAAUGUCGGACUGAUCUCUUUGUUAGUCUGCUAGGCUCAGACCCUAGUAGUGAGGAACGAACCGGGGAUAUUUUCCUCUACGUGAGCGAGCGUUGGCUGGUUCAGCCUCAAAUCUCCGACAAUGGUGCCAAGACUCAGAAGCUUGGUGAAUCAGACGAUGUCCUUCAAAAGCUGAUCAGCGCCAAGUUGGCAGAAAAAUUGCUUGACAACUUCAAAGAUACCUUGUCUCGCCGUCCGAUGCGAGUCUUGGAACUCAUCAAGCAAGUCAUUGAUGGAGAGCUGCGUCGACUGAAUUCCAGGGCCAGGCAACGUGAUCACUGGACUGAAAAUGUGUCGCUCUCUUCCCUUUCCAAUAUCGUAUCCGGCCAGAAGGAGCAAGAGGAUACUUCUGACAAGGAGUCAUCAGAGUCCUUAUCAACCGCUUUCAGCUUGCUAUCAACCGUACUGGCAUCCCCUGAAUUUUCCACUUCACAAGAGACCAAGCCGUUGCUCGAAUCGGUCAAGAGUCAUCUUGACCAGCUAAUUCCACUUCUCUCGCCGGCUAUGGCCAAGCCAGCAACAACCUCAUCAAUGCUGCUCGAGAUCCAACUCACGUCGCCAGAGCAUGAUGGUUCGAAACCAACACCUUCUCAUGUCGCCGACCUUGAGACACAUCGCCAAGCGUUGGUGAAUCUCAAUUCGAACCUGCCACCCGUCCAGGCCGAAGGUUUCUCAUUGCUGUCAAAGUUGAUCAUAAGUGGAUCGCCUGUACUUGAUAUCCCAUCAACGUUGACACUUCUUCUAUCCGUCAUUACUGAUAUGUCCGAGUCAACCGCAAACGAAGAGUUUAUUUACCUGAACGCGAUCAAGCUGAUCGGCACAUUGGCAUCGAGGCAUCCACGGACGGUGAUGAAGACUCUGGUGGACAGCUAUAUCGACAAGAAAGAGCAAAGAUCUCUAGACUCACGUCUGAGGCUUGGUGAGUCUCUGUUGCGCACCGUUCAAGACCUGGGUGAUGCCUUGACAGGUGACACCGCCAAAAUCCUCGGCGACGGUAUGGUUGCCCUGGCAGGCCGCCGAGGACACCGACCCGAAACGCAGAAGGGUCGCAAGGAGCAACUCGAAAAAGAGCAGCGCCGAAAGGAGCGAGAGGAGCGCAAGCAAAAAGAAGCUGUUCUGCCAGCAGGAUGCUUGAAGAGGAAAAGGGGCGAUGACUCUGACACAGAGUCUCCUGAACAGGUAGUACACGCUGCAAACAUCGUUGCAGCAUGGGCAGCCGGUGCAUCAACAGACGAAGAGCCCGACGACCUUCGCGUCCGUGCAUCGGCCCUUUCUAUCCUCGCCUCUGCAGUGCAAACCAACAUCCUAGGUCUCGGCCCAUCCGUUGUCUCAUCGGCUGUGGAUCUCGCCCUGGCCACUCUCACCCUGGAACCUGCCCCAGAGAGCGCCAUCCUCCGUCGCGCAAGUGUAAUCCUCCUCCUCGACAUAUUGAAAGCAUUAGACGCCGCUCGCGAAACAAGACACGGCAAGGAUGUUGGCUUCGGCUUCUCCCUUCACGAUGACACGUACAGUUUCGGUUCACAAGACCAAUCCGGCGGCCUAGUCACUGUCGGAAAUAUCCCUUCCAUGCUGCGCACGCUGGGCUUCGUUGAAACGAUCGAGACAGAUUCGAUUGUACGUGGACAUCUUCGUGCACUGAUCGAGAGCCUAGAAGCCUGGCUGGAGAAGUCGUUGAUGUGGGGAAUCGGUGCCCAGCGAGAUGACGAGCCACAUUUGGAGAUUGGAGAUCGGAUCGCUGGGUUGACCGUGAACCCAAUGACUGGGCGAGGCGACUCGACGAGGCCGAAGAUCGAGGAGAUAGAGUAA